AUGGCUGUGGCCACACCGUGGGCGCACGCGCUGGCCAGAUUCCCCCUUUCAAACUGGGACACUCAAGCUGGCUUUAAUGCGGACGUUCCACUCAUGAAGUUUCACGGCAUGGCGCACUCCGCGCUCAGUGGAGCUGGCUCUGGUGAGCUGGGCGAGCUGCGACUCCUGCCCUUCUACGAUGAGCCGGUGGGCAUCUUGUUCACGAAGUCUCUGUCCGCUUCGCCUGGCUAUUUCCGCGGCGUGGUCGGCACAAGCUCCCGCAACGUGACGGUUGAGAGUUCCGUGACGAAACGAGCAGCGAUACACCGCUUCCACUUUGACAACUCAUUCCUGGGAAAGCGUGGCCUCAGUGUGGUCUUGCAUCCCCCGCCAGACAGCUACUGGGGUUACGAGCUGCUAGAUUUCCAGCUGGACGUCAAAGAGAAGGAGCAGCUGCUGGAAGGCUGUAGCCUCUCCGAGAUCUCUGGAAUGUCUGGUGCCGAAUCCUUGCUGUGCUUCGCCAUAAGUGUGGAUGCGCCUUUCACGCACUCGCCUUCCUCAGCUUCGGCGCAGCUGGUAUUUCCAGAUCAUCCGCAGACGGUGAAUGUCCGGAUCGGCCUGAGCAGAACCAGUGUGUCCUACGCCAGACGAAACUUGCAAAUGGAGCUGGAGCAAGCAGGAGCCAAGCUGCAGCUGGAAGACGUGGCCUUGGCGGCUCGCCAGUGCUGGGAAAAGGCGCUGAGCACAGUGUCCGUGGAGAUUGCUCCUCUGAGCCGUCGCCGUGUCUUCUACACAGGACUCUACCAUUCUAUGAUGGUGCCACAUCUUCUCUCGGAGCAUGACGGGGUCUACCGUUUGCAACGCCGCCCUACCAACUCCUCGCAGAUGUCGAAGAUGAAGGGAGAAGUUUUCAAGCUGAAGGAUUUGGACACCAAGAUGCCGCAGGCAAAGACUGCUGGAGAGGAUAUGUACCAUACCUUCUCCCUUUGGGACACAUAUCGCGCCUUGCAUCCCAUGUUGAACCUAAUACAUCCGUCCAUGUCGGCAGCAUUUGGCAGUUCCUUGCUGGAAAUCGGCAGGCAAUGGGGCUACCUGCCAAUCUUUCAGCUGCUUCAAAGCCCUGCGCAUAUGAUGGAGGGAGAUGGUGGUAGCAUCAUCCUUGCCACCAUGGCUAUGCAAGGGUUGGUCGAACCAAGCGACGCCUUCACCGUUCUGAAUCGGACGCGGCGGCUGGAGGUGGACGAGCGGAAGUUCCUGGAUCAGGCUGGCUUCAUUGAGAAGGAUGUGCUCCACUCAGUCUCGAGAGCGCUUGAGCAAGCGCGGGCGGACAAUUGCGUUGGAGCGCUCGCCAGCAACAUGAAUCUUGCCAAAGAAGCCGAAUAUUUUCACAGCAGGGCGAACCUCGUGUUCCAGCACUGGGAUCCACAGCAGCGUGUUUUCGCCCCCCUGACUCAUUCGCAUGAACCCGUAAAGCUCACAGGCUUAGCUCGCACGGACGUUACUGAUGGCUACAUGGAAGGCACUGCCUUGCAGUAUUCCUUCGCAGCGACCUUCAACGUCACUGAAAUGGUUCGGCUGCACGGAGGUCAAAGCGAGUUCUUGCAGGCUUUGGACUACUUCAUCUAUGAAGCCCCGGAGCCCCAUGGAGUCAUGGACUUGUCUGGGAAUCUUCAUGGCCUCUCAUUGGGAAACGAGCCGAGCAUGCACGUGCCUUACCUCUACAGCACGCAGGGAGAAGUGAACCGCACGGCCAGAUUGGUGGACAAGCUGGUAAAGACUAUGUUCACAAGUCGUCCAGACGGCCUGCCGGGCAAUGACGACAUGGGAGCCAUGUCAACUUGGGCGGUUUUGAGCUUGCUUGGCUUCUAUCCCGUGGACCCUUGCUCUGGCUACUUUGUGUUGGGCCGCCCCUUUGUUUCGAGCGCGUCUUUGGCUGUGCCGGGCGGCAAGUUGCAGAUCACCGUCCACAACCAAGGCGAAGAGCACAUGCUUGUGGAGCGCGUCUCCUGGAAUGGACGAAUGCUGAAUCUUUCAAAGCCCCUUCUUGCUGUGAGCGAGCUCUCGCGAGGGGGUCUGCUUGAAUUCUGGAUGACAGCCUAG